CGGCGGCCGCUCUACCCGCGCCGCCUUGGUAAGGUCACCGACCCCCGGGAGGAGGCUCCAGGCCGCAUCGGUCGCGCCGAGCCUGGCUGUGCGUCGCCAUGGCCCCCGUGCAGCAGGAGAACCACCAGGUAAUCCCUCCGGGCGGGAGCAGCGGCUCGGCGUCCGCCCCGGCUCCUCCGCCGCCGGGAGCCGCGCUGGCGGCGGCAGCUGCGGCCGCGGCUAGCCCUGGUUACCGGCUUAGCACGCUGAUUGAAUUUCUGCUGCACCGGGCCUACUCGGAGCUUUUGGUCUUGACGGACUUAUUACCAAGGAAAUCUGAUGUGGAAAGGAAAAUAGAAAUUGUACAGUUUGCUAGCCGGACCCGGCAACUCUUCGUUCGAUUAUUAGCUUUAGUCAAAUGGGCUAAUGAUGCUGGCAAAGUAGAAAAGUGUGCGAUGAUCUCAAGCUUUUUGGAUCAGCAAGCUCUCUUGUUUGUGGACACCGCUGACCGCUUGGCCUCCUUAGCUAGAGAUGCCCUGAUCCACGCGCGCCUGCCUAGUUUUGCUAUCCCGUAUGCCAUUGAUGUGCUGACUACUGGCUCUUAUCCACGACUUCCAACCUGCAUCAGGGAUAAAAUUAUUCCUCCAGACCCCAUUACCAAAACUGAGAAACAAGCCACGCUUCAUCAGCUUAAUCAGAUUCUCAGACAUCGGCUUGUCACAACAGAGCUUCCUCCGCAGCUCGCGAAUCUUACAGUGGCAAAUGGCCGCGUGAAGUUUCGAGUCGAUGGAGAAUUCGAGGCAACCUUGACAGUCAUGGGGGAUGAUCCAGAAGUCCCGUGGCGCCUGCUCAAGCUAGAAAUCCUAGUUGAGGAUAAGGAAACGGGAGAUGGCCGGGCUUUGGUUCAUAGCAUGCAAAUCGACUUUCUGCAUCAGUUGGUGCAGUCCCGGCUUUUUGCUGAUGAGAAGCCUCUUCAGGAUAUGUACAACUGCCUGCAUUGCUUCUGCUUGUCUCUUCAGUUGGAAGUGUUACACUCCCAGACUCUGAUGUUGAUCCGAGAGAGGUGGGGUGACCUUGUGCAAGUGGACAGGUAUCAUGCUGGAAAGUGCCUCUCUCUCUCAGUUUGGAACCAACAGGUUCUAGGGAGAAAAACAGGCACAGCGUCUGUUCACAAGGUGACAAUUAAAAUGGAUGAGAAUGAUGUCUCCAAGCCUUUACAGAUUUUUCACGAUCCUCCUUUGCCAGCUUCGGAUUCUAAAUUAGUCGAAAGAGCUAUGAAGAUUGACCACCUGUCAAUAGAAAAGCUCCUGAUUGACAGUGUCCAUGCUAGAGCCCACCAGAAGCUGCAGGAACUGAAGGCCGUUCUUAGAAGCUUCAAUGCUAACGAAAACUCUUCCAUAGAGACUGCACUUCCGGCUCUUAUUGUUCCCAUCUUGGAGCCCUGUGGUAAUUCGGAGUGCCUGCACGUUUUUGUCGAUUUGCAUUCUGGAAUGUUCCAGUUGAUGCUUUAUGGACUUGACCAGGCCACUCUGGAGGAUAUGGAAAAAUCUGUGAAUGAUGAUAUGAAGCGGAUCAUCCCUUGGAUCCAGCAGCUUAAGUUUUGGCUUGGACAGCGGCGUUGCAAGCAGUCUAUAAAACAUCUGCCUACGGUAACCACAGAAACGCUGCAGCUUUCCAACUGCUCGACGCAUCCCGUUGGAAACCUCUCCAAGAACAAGCUGUUCAUUAAGCUUACCCGCCUUCCACAGUACUACAUUGUUGUGGAAAUGCUUGAGGCUCCCAAUAAGCCCACUCAGCUAGAGUACAAGUAUUACGUCAUGUCUGUGAGCACUCCAGAUGGUGACGACAGCCCCGUCACGGCACUGCUCCUGCAGCAAUUCAAGGACAACAUCCAGGACUUGGUUUCCUCCACGAAGUCUGGGAAACAGACCAGAACUGGUACCAAGCACAAGAGGUCUGAUGACCCGUGUCCAGUCGAAAGCAAGAAAGCCAAACUGUCAGGAGACACGUGUGCCUUUGAUAAAGUUCUAGCUCAUUUUGUCGCUAUGUGUGACACCAACAUGCCGUUUGUAGGGCUUCGAAUGGAGCUGUCCAACCUGGAGAUACCGCAUCAGGGAGUGCAAGUGGAAGGUGAUGGCUUCAGCCAUGCAAUUCGCUUAUUAAAAAUUCCUCCCUGCAAGGGCGUAAACGAGGACACCCAAAAGGCCCUGGACCGCUCUCUUCUUGAUUGCACUUUCCGAUUACAAGGUAGAAACAACCGCACGUGGGUGGCAGAGUUAGUGUUCGCAAACUGCCCACUUAAUGGCACUUCCACCAGGGAGCAAGGACCAUCCCGGCGUGUUUACCUCACGUAUGAAAAUCUGUUGUCUGAACCUGUUGGUGGUAGAAAAGUAGUUGAAAUGUUUCUUAAUGACUGGAACAGCAUUGCCCGAUUAUAUGAGUGUGUGUUGGAGUUUGCCCGUUCUCUACCAGACAUACCUGCUCAUCUGAAUAUCUUCUCCGAGGUUCGUGUUUAUAAUUACCGAAAACUCGUCUUGUGUUAUGGAACCACCAAAGGAAGCUCAAUUAGUAUCCAGUGGAAUUCCAUUCACCAGAAAUUUCACAUUUCGUUGGGAACAGUUGGCCCAAACUCUGGGUGCAGUAACUGUCACAAUACCAUUCUCCACCAGCUUCAGGAAAUGUUCAACAGAACACCGAACGUGGUUCAGCUGUUACAGGUGCUGUUUGAUACCCAGGCGCCGCUGAAUGCCAUCAACAAACUCCCUACUGUGCCGAUGUUGGGCUUGACUCAGAGAACUAACACUGCCUACCAGUGUUUCUCCAUUCUCCCGCAGUCAUCCACCCACAUCAGACUGGCCUUCAGGAAUAUGUACUGCAUUGAUAUAUACUGCUGUAGUCGAGGGGUCGUGGCAAUACGGGAUGGUGCCUAUAGUCUUUUUGAUAACAGCAAGUUAGUUGAAGGCUUCUAUCCUGCGCCCGGAUUGAAGACAUUCCUCAACAUGUUUGUUGAUAGCAAUCAGGAUGCUCGGAGAAGAUCUGUAAACGAGGAUGAUAACCCCCCUUCUCCUAUAGGAGGGGAUAUAAUGGACUCUUUACUAUCACAGCUCCAGGCAUCUCAGCAGCAGCCGUUUCCAAAGCAGCCGGGAAGUUCAGGCGCUUACCCUCUUACUUCCCCUCCUGCGUCCUACCACAGCACAGUCAACCAGUCUCCGUCUAUGAUCCACACCCAGUCUCCAGGAGCCCUUGACCCUAGUUCUCCGUACACUAUGGUGUCACCGAGUGGACGAGCAGGAAACUGGCCUGGAUCUCCUCAAGUGUCCGGACCCUCACCAGCAACCCGUUUGCCUGGAAUGUCACCAGCCAACCCGUCUCUACACUCUCCUCUUCCGGAUGCUUCUCAUUCUCCUCGAGCUGGCACAAGUUCCCAGCCAAUGCCAACCAACAUGCCUCCUCCUCGCAAACUACCUCAGCGCUCCUGGGCAGCAUCCAUACCCACCAUCCUCACUCACAGUGCCUUGAACAUCUUACUGUUACCCUCUCCAACGCCGGGCCUUGUGCCUGGCCUGGCAGGCAGUUACCUCUGUUCGCCACUUGAGAGAUUCCUUGGCUCUGUCAUCAUGAGACGACACCUUCAACGAAUCAUUCAGCAGGAAACGUUGCAGCUGAUCAACUCCAACGAACCCGGUGUAAUCAUGUUCAAGACAGAUGCCCUGAAAUGCAGAGUAGCCCUCAGUCCCAAAACCAACCAGACCCUUCAGCUGAAAGUAACACCUGAAAAUGCCGGACAGUGGAAACCUGAUGAGCUUCAAGUGUUGGAGAAAUUCUUCGAAACGAGAGUUGCAGGACCACCGUUUAAAGCCAACACACUCAUAGCCUUCACCAAGCUGUUGGGAGCCCCAACACACAUCCUCCGUGACUGUGUGCAUAUUAUGAAGUUGGAGCUGUUCCCGGACCAAGCGACACAGCUGCAAUGGAAUGUUCAGUUUUGCCUCACCAUCCCUCCCAGCGCACCGCCGAUUGCCCCUCCUGGGACACCAGCCGUGGUGUUGAAAUCCAAAAUGCUCUUUUUUCUUCAGCUGACUCAGAAGACAUCAGUCCCUCCCCAAGAACCUGUCAGUAUAAUAGUUCCCAUCAUUUAUGACAUGGCUUCAGGUACCACCCAGCAGGCAGACAUUCCCAGACAGCAGAACUCUUCUGCGACUGCGCCCAUGAUGGUCAGCAACAUUCUGAAGAGGUUUGCAGAGAUGAACCCACUGCGACAAGGUGAAUGUACAAUAUUUGCAGCUGUUCGGGAUUUAAUGGCUAAUCUUACACUUCCCCCUGGUGGGCGUCCGUAGACACUAUUGUUUUUAAUCCAGGAAGCUGACACACACACACAGAGGCUGAAUUCAGCCAUCAGUUUUUAAAA